UCAGACCAUAGAUAUAUAUAAAGGCUCAGACCAGGGUGAACAUGCUAAGAGGCUAACAACAGUACCUGACGGUCUCCUACUCCAUCUUCUCCAGUGUUGUUGUUAUGGAAGGUCGGUGUUCUGUUGAGACUUUGGCAGACUUUGGCUUUUUAGACGCAUCAUUCACGCCGAAAAUUACUCCUGGUUUUGGGCCAGACUUGUUCGUCCUUACAGGCAGUGAUGAAGUCUAUGUUUUUAAUAGUGAAGAGAGAAAACUCACUGUCGUUCUCCAGUUUCCUGGUCCUGUCAGUGAUCUGGUUCAGAGUCCAGACAAACAGCUCAUCUAUGUGUCCUGCAGCAGUGGAGUUUACUGUGUCAGCCCACAAUUACUGCUGUCCAGGACUCAGAACCAUCCAGCUGAUGUGUCCUCUGGUCCAGCUGAGCUGCAGAUCUCCUCUGACUCCCUCGUCAUUGGGGAGGAAGGAGUGUUGUCUCUGCUCCUCGUCGGCUCUGUCCUCCUGCUCCUCUCUCACAGAGACACAUUGUGGCUUUUGAGUUUGUACAAAACACCAGAACCAGCAGAGUCCGGCAGCUGCGAGCUGCUCGGCUCGUUCAGUCUGCCUCUCGUCUUGGCUGCUGUAUGUGACGACGAUGAGGCAAAGAUGGGAACAAGAAGGAGGCCGGUCCUCAUCUGUGUCCACUCUGCGUCCACGUCUCCAUCAGAGGAGACUUCAGUGAACAGUCAUUACAACCUGGAGUCUGUCCUCUUCAAACUCCUUUUUGGGGUCGACGCCGCCCUCGCCAAAUCACCGGUCGUCCUCUGUGGCCUGCCAGACGGACGCCUGUGCUCACUCCCCUUGCGUCUCCCAGGAUCACGACUCCGAGUCCUGCACAGCCUCGAGCAGCCAGUUGUAUUUGUUGGAGCAUCUGUCGUCACGGAAACGGCUCCAGGACACGCUCAGUGUUUGGUGGCAGUGGGAGAACAAGGCAGAGUGUUGCUGAUGAAGACUGAGAAUCCAGAGGGAGGAGACAGAGCUGCUGGUUUUCUGGAGACGUGUGUGCUAGGUCCUGUGGUGUGUGGAUCUGUGGACAAACAGCAUCUUUACUACAGCACUGGUUCAGACAUGCUGAUGCUGGAUCUGUCAGAGAAAUCGCCCGGGAGAGAAGGUCAGGAAAAGAACGAGGAGUCGUUCAGGAAGUCCUCUGCUGUCGUCCACAGUCCCACCAGUCUGAAGGUGUGUAGAGUCUCGGCUUUGGCUGCACCUUCACGUGUCGCAACAGGAGGAGUUCAGCUGCUGAGUCUGUCUGUCAGAGGGCAGCUGCAGAAGAUUCUCUUACCCGAGGAGAGGAAAGAUUUGUCGAGUCAUCCUUCAGCGCAGGUUUGUCGCAGCGCCGGGGAUCUUCUAUCGGCCAUCGGGGACGUUUGUGAAAGAGUUUCUGCGUUGAAAACUGCCAUCAAAUCCAAAAACCAAAUCCUGAAGCACCUCAAUCAGGUUCUCAACAUCAGCUUCCUCCUGAUCGAACACGCAAACACUGAAGAUCAACCUCCUAAGCAGGAGAAGCAGAUCAGAUGUCACGCCAGGACCAGAUGGAGCCGGCUGCUCCAAAAAGACUCCCUGAACCUGACGUGUGUCCUGGAAAACUCAAGUUCUUUUAUUUUGGAACGAGGCUGGACGCUGAGCAUCACCGUGUUUCCUGUUUCCUCCUCACUCACUGCUGGAAAAGAAAGCUCCUCCACUAAUUUUUCAUUCCCAUUCCACAAUCUCUGUCCUGGGGAAACGUUGGACGUGUCGCUGCCUUUAGCAGCUGCGGGCGAUGCCUCCUUUCCCAUGAGGGUGAGCUGCUCCCUCCUCUUCUCGCUCUCCAGUCUCCUGGGAGAGCAGGAGAUCACGCACCUCCCUGGUUUGCAGAGCAGCUGUAUCAGUUUGCCCUUGAACACUCUCACAGUGGACUGGCUGCACGUUCUGCAGGUGGACAUCAACAAAAACACCACAUCUCACUCCUUCUACAUCGAAGCAGAUCCGAUUCAAGCUUUUCUGAACUCACGCCGGACUGAGUUCAGAAGACAAGUAGAGACAGGAGGAAGAGAAGGACCUUCAAAGACUGAGCAGGAACUGUUCUCAGCGAGUAUACGCGUGUCUUCAGAGCUUCUGAGGGACACGUUGGGGUCAGAUUUGAAUCCACAGGGUUCAAAGUCAGAUCUCUGCCUGUCUCUUCUGGACUGGCUUCUGUCUGAAGGUCCUGGAGGAGGAAAAGGGGGACACCAAGGAGACAAGAUUGACCUGAGCAGCUCAGUUGUCCAUGCUCGAGGUCCAAAUGGAGCCAGAGUCAAACUCACGGCAAUGGAGGUAAAGGUAGGAGAGGAGGACACAGGAAAGGAAGAUUCCCUGAGCACUGUAGACGUUCAGGUUGAGAGCUCGUCUAUAGCAGCAGUGUGUGGACUCCAUCAUGCUGUGCUGAGACGCAUACAGGCUCUGAUGCUAAGUGCUCCCCAGAGAAGUGCGUCCACAAAGAGGCUCCAGAGUUUAGGUUUAAGACCUGCACUGCAGCGAGCUGAGUGCCUGCUGCAUCAGAUCCAGCAAACACGAGUCUCGGGAGCGUUUGGUGUGGGCGUGUCCUCGGGGCAGACGACCGCGUCUCUUCUCGCCAUUUACACAGAACUGAGAAAAAACCCUCUACUCAUCCUUUAAAACAUUCGAAGAUUAUUUCUGCUACAGCAGAACCGACUAGGACAAACGUGGACGUGAAUUUAAAAACUGUAGAUGAGUCGUGAUGAACGUCAGAUCACCUCAGUGACGAAGAGUCCAGCCCCUGGAUU